CAUUCUGCACUUUGCUGCCUUUUUGGUAGGACUGACUAUACGAGACUUACUUACCUGUUGGUGGGAUGCACAGAUAAGCCAAGUUAUCUCUCACUCAGAGACCAACACGCUCACUUCUUCCAGAAAUUUAGUAAAUUUUAAACAUUUCCACAAAGUUUACAUUAAAACAAAAAACCAGAAGCGUAAAGAAAGCUGAAAGUGGCUUGAAAAUCAAACCGACUGCAUUCCGAACACACGUCUCACCCCAAAUAAAUUUUCACAACGAGCCGUUGAAGAAGGGAUCGAUUGUUGCUAGCCGGGGAACUUAAGGAGGCAGGAUGAAUAAGGGGGAGGUCAGCCAUGAUAACCAAGCAGAGUCGCCGUCAGCUAGCAGGAGGUUAUCGAAGGUCAAGAAAUUACUUGGCACAAAACGUGCUCGUCACGUGGUGGAGAAAGUCUUCCCAUGCAUAGUGAAAAUUUCUGGCUUUUGCUGCCUUAGUUUUGUCCUGGUGACUUUUGACAUCCGUCAUUAGUCGCCGCCUUAGUAAAAUCAAAGAUAACUUGCGAAUAAAAUACCUGACAAGGUGGGCAAAAUACUUUAUCAAAAUAGAGUAUUUUGAGUUCCGUUCUGAAUUUCCAGACCCACAAAAAGACAAAAAUCUACGUGAAGAAGACAACAGUCGUACGAAAAAACUUGUUUCGUGAAGAAAUUAAGUUGUGAUUGCUGGCGAAAUAUUUUAUUUUUGACAAUGUAUCGAAAACAGAAAGCGGCGUUUUUGAAAUCGCUCGAACCUACGAUGAAAGUUGGGAAGGUGGACGGGCAAAUUUUUUACGAUCCGAAGACCGGUGUAUAUAUUCCGGCGAGGCGAAUUCCACCCUGCCCUGGGGGACACUCACUGACCGAGUUAUAUUGGAAUCCGUGCUUGGAAUGUGCAAAAUUUUGCAAUUGCAACCACACUCACUGGUUUCCCGACAUUGUCGUGAAGACCUCGGAUAACGACACGAUUCGAGUAAGCUCCGUCGUCGUCGCGGGAUCGAGCGAGCUUGUCGGGCGGCUCAAUGAAGUCUGCUGUAGUACGAAGCGGACCUUGAUGAAGGACCUUAUCGAGGCGAAGAAUGGCUGGGCAACGGUAUCGAAGGGCGACGAUAAGAAAGAAAUUGAGGUGAUGGAUGUAUCCUCGGAAGAAGAAGAGGACGUGACACUCGACGAGGCCGGUUUAUCAGGUGAAGAUAAGCCCGUUGGGGCAGAAAUUGGGGCUGAUUUGUCCCCCGACUUUAAAGAAUUGAUCGAGUUUCCACCCGAGUUGCCGGCGUUCAAGGUAAAGGAUGAAAAUUGGAGGAUGCUCGGAUUAACGACUUUUGAAUGGCGCUGGAUCGAGAAGUUUAUGGCUUUGCAUCGUGACCAGGUCGAGGAGGACAUCGAAGAGGAAAAGCGUGCCCGAGAAUACUUUCGUUUGAGCAUGUUCGCUCGUCCCGAGAAGGACGUCAUCAACCCGUGGCGCUACCACGAUUGGGAAGAAGACCUCUUCGCCAACUUAUCGCACACUGAACUCUUCGGGAUCGUCAGAGCGGUUCACGAGCUUAUGAUUUUUGAUUUGUACAUCCCUCUCGCUAAAUGGUUGACCUUGUUGCGCGGGAUUCCUCGCGUGGCCGACUUUGGGCUGGGUCAUUGGCUGACGGAGCUUUCCCCGGAAAUGUGGGACUCGGGGUUGGAGGAAUUUUGCGAGGGGGCAAUUCGACCGAUGUGGGAUUACGGAAGCCCCCAGAUGUUCAGCUUGCAUAAAGAUAUUCCUCGCAGGCAACGCCCCAGGUCGACACUCCUGUGGAGGAAAAGGAUUUGGAAGGCUGUCCCGCAGUUUUCAACGCGCUGGUGGAAUCCGUAAAAUGGAAUGGAAGAUUGGCUUUUUUGGGGAGUUUUUAAUAAUUGGAUAAUUUGGUGGUGGUUCUUCAUAAUUAUGCAAAUCUCAAGUUGGGAGCGGAAAUACUUUUCACCUUUUUAUAGUUCUUGAUCCGUUUACACGUGUGUUUUUUCAUGGAGGGUUUAGUUUAGUUUACUACCUAUCAUUAACAAUUUGUUAUAGUAAAUUAGGCCAUAAUUUUCAUUAGUCGUGUCGUUAUUCAAAAAUGAAUUGUAGUGAGCAUUUUUAUAGUGUAGUUUUAACACGAUUUACUUAUAUCGUAGUCCCAAUGAAUCUUUUUAAGUUGGUAAAGUUCUAAAAUGUUACGAGAUUUGGUAAACAAAUUGAAAAAAUAAUGUCAAUAAAGUAGUAAAUUCUAAUAACCGUUUAUCUUUUUA